UCAAAUAUUUCUUACUCUUCUCAGUUCCAAUUUUGCUAUGUCUUUUCUAAGUUUUCUUGUAGCUUCCCUUUUACUUGUUGGGCUGUUAAUCCAAAUGACAGGAGCACAACCUAUUGGAGUAUGCUAUGGAAAAAUUGCCAACAAUUUACCAUCAGAUCAAGAUGUCAAAAACCUAUACAAUUCUAAUGGCAUUAAAAAGAUGAGAAUUUACUAUCCAGACACAAAUGUCUUCAAUGCUCUCAAAGGAAGUGACAUUGAAAUAAUUCUUGAUGUCCCAAAUCAAGAUCUUGAAGCCCUAGCCAAUCCUUCAAGUGCCAAUGGUUGGGUUCAAGAUAAUAUAAUAAGUAAUUUCCCAGAUGUUAAAUUCAAAUAUAUAGCCGUUGGAAAUGAAAUUGAUCCUGGUACAAAUACCGGUCAAUAUACACAAUUUGUUGGUCCAGCAAUGGAAAAUGUUUACAACGCGUUAACAUCAGCAGGGUUGCAAGAUCAAAUUAAGGUCUCAACCGCAACAUACUUAGGACUCUUAACAAACACCUACCCACCAAGUGAUAGUAUUUUUCGCGAAGAAUACAAAAGCUUCAUUAAUCCUAUAAUCGAAUUUCUAUCACGAAAGAACCUCCCACUCUUAGCCAAUAUUUACCCUUAUUUUGGCCAUAUUGAUAACACUAACGACGUUCCUCUUUCUUAUGCACUUUUCAACGAUCAAGGGACUAAUUCUGCGGGAUAUCAAAAUCUUUUUGAUGCCCUUUUGGAUUCAAUGUAUUUUGCUACGGAGAAACUUGGAGGACAAAAUAUUGAGAUCAUUGUAUCGGAAAGUGGUUGGCCUUCUGAGGGACAUCCUGCAGCAACUAUGGAAAAUGCACAAACUUAUUAUACGAAUUUGAUUAAUCAUGUGAAAGGAGGGGCUGGAACACCAAAAAAACCUGGAAGUACGAUAGAAACUUAUUUAUUCGCCAUGUUUGAUGAAAAUCAAAAGGAUGGAAAAAUAAGUGAGCAACAUUUUGGACUCUUUUAUCCUGAUCAGAGGCCAAAGUAUCAACUCAAUUUCAAUUGAUGAUAUCAUAUUAUAAUUAAUAUAUAGUGCUAUGAAUAAUAAGGAGAAAUUUGUGUCUUUCUCCUCAAUAAAAUGAUAGCAUAUCUUAUAAUUAAUAUGUGUUGACAAAUGUACGGCCUAUUGUGUAACCUUGAUAUCAAUAUAU